UAAGAAAAUGGGGAAAUGUUGUCCUUCCUUUGCUUGCUGUAUUAGUUCUCUGCACUUGUGUCGCCAUGUUUUUCUUCUACUACAGACGCAGAAGGAAGCAAGUUGAGAUGCCUUCAGCUUUGGAUUUUUCUACGUACCAGCACCCAAAGAACGUGCUGGAAUUUGAUGAAAGGGAUUUGACCAAAAAAAAUGUCCACUUCAUUCUGGAACAGAAAAUCACACCUGCCCUGUUAGUUCUUUCGGUGGAUUCUUUAUCAAAAGAAAGUGAAGAAAGCAGUGAUGAGGAUGAUAGUAGUAGCCACAUUCCUUACACCGAAACACAUCGAUUUCAGAAGAAGGAUGAAAACUGCUCAAUGGUUGGCACCUUUCCAACAUGUUCCGGCUCUUCUUCUGGAUCUGGUGAUUCCCAACUAAGUGGAGAAAGCUGGCCAGCUGCAAUGAGGUCAAAACCCUUUUUUACAGCAGAAUGGAUGACAACGGAUGCUUCUUCUGGACUCAUAGAGGAGAUUUUCCUUUCUGAGGACUCCAUUAUGGAUGAAUCUGUUAGCUUUGCAGACGACUUCUCAGCUGCUAGUAGAGAAGGUCAAGAAAUUACAAGCAGAGAUGUCGACUUUUUCAACCAGUUAAUGUUCUCAGAAGGUCACCACCACUUGCACUUUUCCACAGGUUUGGAAAUUAGAACUGGAGGAGUCCAAUGCAGAAGUAUUUGUGCAAGUCUAGGAAACUCACAGACAUCUCUUUGUAAUGAGCCUGAAGGGCAAGUUAUAGAAGAAUGGAGAUGUGAAGAUGACUCUAGCAAUUGUGAGGAUCUCCGGCUGGAAAAAUCUGUGCUUGAUGUGUCUUGCAAAGACAGGGUAAAAAAUGGAGAACGGGUUGAAAACAAUACUCUGAAAGCUACAGGCCACAAUUAUCAACCCAGGCAAGGACAUUACAUUUCAAGAACCUGAUGCCAAUUACGGGUAUUUAUUCUAAGAGUAGAGGAGCUCUUACCAUGAUUCUUCUAAAAGAUCCUUGGUGAGAGUUGCACUUUAAAAGGACAGGUAUUAUAGUUCCAUUCUAUUUCUAGGUUGCCAUAUUCGUCCAUUACAUCUUAUCUUUAAAACCAAAACAAAGAAAAACUGAAUUUUCCUAAGUGAAAUUCCAUCCAGAUUGAAAACCGCAACAGGAGUUUUCAUUGGGGAUUUUGUCAUGGAAAUUAGAAUUUUCUUAUGGGGAAUUGGAAUUCUUGGAAAAGUAAGUCUUCUUUCCCAGCUGAGUAUUGGGAUGUUCAGCUUAAAAAUGUCUAUCAUAUUUUGGAUAUCCAUGUCCAUCUCUCCAUUUAUGAAUAGUUGGAUAUGUUUUCCCCAUCUAAAAUAGAUGGGGGAAAUGGUGGGUUCCAGUCAGAAUCGUCUCUUUAGUGUCCGUCCACAAAUUGGUUUAAACUUGCUGAGACCAUAAUGUUCGUCCAUUGUGUUCAAAGAGGACCUUGGCAUCUAACAGGUUGUGGGCUGUCCAUGACGUGUCUGCAGGUGGCUAGUGAGGCCUAUAUGGGCACGAAAGGUUCUGCCACAUGUUGGGCAGAAAUGUGUGGGCACCACUGUUGCAGCAUUUGCAGCUCUGGCUUUGCGGAGUGCCUCGCUUCUCUUAUGCUAGGGUUGUCCUUCUGUCCUCAGAUGCCUGGCAGCCUUG